GGGAUAUGCUUAUUGGUAUCUCGGAGACGAACUAGUAGGAUAUACGUAAGUAAGAGAUGACAUGAUAGUCUGGGGAAGUCGAAUAUAUAAACUCUGAAUACUUGCCUCAAGUCUGGAGUUUUUAUUCAACAGCACCAUCAUUAUCUCAUAUAUUCAAUCAUCAAUCAUCAAUUUGAGCUUUCGAACAUAUUCAAACAGUCAAAAUGCAAUUUUCUACCCUCUUGACUCUUGGUCUCGCAGCUAUCAGUGGAGUCGCAGCUGCACCGACCAGUUAUUUCGAUGUUGAAAUUACUUUUAUCGGGGGUCCAGCGAGUUAUAGUUUGACUGUUCCUGCGGAUGGACAAUUUCAUGCUACCAAUAACCCCCUCUCCAUUUCUCUCAUCCGCUCCUCCAACUUCGACGUCUAUAAUCUCUGCACCUUCUACCAUGAUAAUGCUGUUGCAUUAGUGAACAAUGGAGGGAUUGUCAGCGUGGGUCCCCCAACACCAAUUACGGGAGUGAGCUGUCAGGUGACAGAUGAGAGGUGCAUUCCUAAUUAUAGCGAUUGCUACGCAAAUGGACAAUUCCUCGGAGCAUGCUGCGAUGGAUUCUGUGCUGCGAAUAAGUGUAGACCUUUCUCUGGAAUUUAAACCCAUACUAUUAUCAUCGAGUGCAGAGUGAGAUGUUUUUAAGGGGUUAGAAGAGAGGAUUUCUUAAUCGCAGGCGUGGAAUUGUUGAUGAGAAUUGAGGAAGUGGAGGAAAGUCGAAAUUUGCACAUUUAUUUGGUGUUUUUGAAUUGAAGGGCGUGCAUUCAAGUUUUUGAAUCAUUAUAGUAUUUGUAUCGCUUCUGUCUAAUUUAAUACAAUCAACUUACGAAUAUACGCCUUUAUGAGACGAUUGUCUACUCAUAAGAUAUCUUAAAUCUGGUCGAUCGAUA